AAUGAGCAGCCCACAAAUCCAAACGAUCAAACCAAUGGGCAGUGUGAGAAACUGAAAACCCUACUCUCUCUCUCUCUCUCUCUCUCUCUACUGGAAAGGAGUCAAAACAAAUCAAAAUCCGUUUCACUAUCUCUAUCUCUAUAUCUUUCUCUCUCGCUCUCCCUCCCUCUCUCUCUUUCUUCAGAAUUCGCCUCUCCUGCCGCUGCAACCAUGGCGGCAGAUAGUGCCAGAUCUAGCACGUCGGCCGAUUCGUACAUCGGCAGCCUGAUCAGCCUGACGUCCAAGAGCGAGAUGAGAUACGAAGGCAUUCUGUACAACAUCAAUACCGAAGAAUCCAGUAUCGGACUCCGAAACGUGAGAUCAUUUGGAACGGAAGGAAGGAAAAAGGAUGGUCCACAAGUUCCCUCCAGCGACAAAGUGUACGAGUAUAUUCUGUUCCGCGGAAGUGAUAUUAAGGAUUUGCAGGUUAAAUCUUCUCCACCUGUUCAAACUUCAACACCCAUAAACAGUGAUCCUGCCAUUAUUCAGUCUCACUAUCCUCGACCUGCUUCUACAUCUUCAACCUUGCCUUCUACUAUUACUGGGUCUCCUGAUCUAAGUGCCCAUACUGCACAGCUGGGACAUCCAGGGUCAAGUUACCAAGGUGGCUUGCCUUUGUUACCUGGAGGGAGUUUAGGGUCAUGGGGUCCUUCUCACCCUCCUCCAAGUGCUAAUGGCGGUGGAUUAGCUAUGCCAAUGUAUUGGCAAGGAUUUUAUGGCCCCCCAAAUGGGCUUCCUCCAUUGCAUCAGCAAUCUCUGCUUCGUCCGCCACCUGGGCUAUCAAUGCCUCCUUCCAUGCAGCAGCCAAUGCAGUAUCCUGGGUUUAAUACCCCUCUUCCAUCUGGAGCAUCUAACUUACCUGGUUCAAACUUGCCGGAUUAUCCUUCUUCUCUAGCCCCUGCUACUGCCAGUCCCCUUAAUUUGGGAUCUACCUCUUUGCCGGCUUCAACUUUGCCAUCAACACUAGUUACACCACCUCUGGCACCAUCUGCUACACUAGCACCUGAAUCAUUGCCUAGUCUGAUCCCAAACAAAGCUUCUAAUGCUACAUUGCCUGCAUCAAUGCCAAGUGCCAAUUUUCCUACUCUUUCUCCCUUGGCUAUCUCAAGUCCAGAUGCAAAUGCUGUUGUACCUCCAGCAUAUAACAGACCUAGUGCAUUUUCAGGUCCAAGUCUGCUAUAUCAGAGCACUCCUCAGUCCUUUUCUUCUAUUGUUGGGCCAUCCAGUUCAAGCCAGGCAGACAUUCCACCACCUGUGCUUGUAACCCCAGGUCAGUUGGUGCAGACUGGAACAGCUGCUGUUUCUACAUCUCAGUCUUCACAAACAGCUCAUAAAGAUGUGGAGGUUGUUCAAGUAUCAUCAUCAUGGUCGGAAGCAUCUGUAGCAGUUGCUGCAACUGAAGCCCAACCACCAAUAUUGCCACUACCAGAAGGUCCACAACCAUUGCAUGCUGGCCGAAAGCUGAAUGGAGCUUUUCAAAGUCAUCACAACUACAGAGGGCGUGAAAGGGGAAGAGGAGCUGGGAGUUCACGUCCAGUGACAAAAUUCACGGAGGAUUUUGAUUUUAUGGCGAUGAAUGAGAAAUUCAACAAGGAUGAAGUCUGGGGUCACCUUGGCAAAAGUAACAAAUCUCAUCUGAAGGAGAUAGAAGGGGAUGAGAGAGGCAGUGAAGAUGAUGAUUUUCAGGAUGAAAACAAUGCUGAAUUAGAAAAAAAUGAUGCCAAGCCCGUUUACAAUAAGGACGACUUUUUUGAUUCUCUCUCUAGCAAUGCUCUUGAUUAUGAAUCAAACAAAGGAAGGAUCAGGUUCUCCGAGCAAAGGAAAAUAGACACAGAGACAUUUGGUGAAUUCUCAAGGUAUCGGGGUGGCAGAGGUGGUCGUGGGCCUGGCCGUGGUGGUCGUUUUCGUGGAACUUAUUAUGCAAGGGGUUCUGGCCAUGUUGGCCGGGGCUGGGGCCGUGGCCGGGGCAUGCCAAGUUGGGCAUCCUAGUGUGGUAGCAUCCAAAUGUUUAGUAGAAGCUAAAGCUUAAUUGGCUUCCAUGACCGCUUGUACUGUUUGUGCCUAUUAAACCUUUGGUUGGCCGAAAAAUAAAAAUUAGAAUUUAUGUUCUUCUUUUA